AGUAGGCGUGUCCGGUAACUAGGAUGUAGCGCUGCCAGUCUCGUACGCUUGUAGUAAGUUUCGAGUUAUUCGACCAAUCGGGUGCGUGGGUGUGUCUAGUAACCAGGAAGAAGCGGUGCGAAGCGCACAAGGAGGAAGUCUGUGGGAGAAUUACAGCAAGUGAGAGAUGAUGAGCUCCCCGUGUAAACUGCCCCACGGACACAGCCACCAGCACAGCCACCACCACCAUGGCGGCACCGAGGAGGAGAAAGCAGCAGUGCCGCACGUGGCCGAAGACUACAGUAACUGGGAUAUUGUUAAAGCCACACAGCACGGCAUGCUGGAGAGGUGCAGGGAGUUGGUGGAUGCAGGAUAUGAUGUCAGGCAGCCAGACAAGGAGAACGUGACUCUGCUUCACUGGGCCGCAAUUAAUAACAGACUGGAGCUUGUCAAGUAUUUCAUCUCCAAAGGAGCCAUCGUGGAUCAGCUGGGCGGGACUUUGAACUCUACGCCGCUUCAUUGGGCCAUAAGACAAGGUCACCUACAAAUGGUCAUUCUGCUGAUAAAGUGCGGUGCUGAUCCGACUCUGAUCGAUGGCGAAGGUUACAGUAGCGUCCAUUUGGCAGUACUGUUCCAGCAUCUGCCUAUUAUUGCGUAUCUGGUGUCCAAAGGGCAGAGCAUAGACUCCCCGGAUAUGAACGGAAUGACUCCUCUCAUGCUCUCCGCCCACAGAAUCAUUGGUAUGGAGCCCACUAACUUCCUGCUAAAGCUGAACCCAUCCAUUCACGCCGCAGACAAAGUUCACCGCAAUACCGCUCUGCACUGGGCAGUCACGUCGGGCAACGCUAACGCAGUGGAUCUGCUGCUGGAAGCCGGAUCUAACUUGGAUGCCGUGAAUGCCAAGGGUGAGACCCCGCUGGAGAUCGCCCGGCAGACCAGAAAUCGGCUGACUGUGCAUAUACUCGCCAGCGAGGCCCAAAUGAGAUCCCGGCGCAGCUCGCGCAUAAUGAAGGCUCUGCAGAGAUACGAGAUCACCUUCGUUACUCUCAUGGUCCUGCUGAUCAUCUGGGCCGUGGGCUACGUCCUGGAUAUGAACACAGACUCCUGGCUGCUAAAGGGGACUCUCUUGGCUCUGGUGACUGCCGGCUCGCAGCUCUUUGCCAGGCGUUUCAUUGGCUGUAAGAGCCAGAGGUCGCUCCCCGCCAUCAUCUUCAGCUGCUGCAUCUUCUGGAUGUUCCUGACGUGGUUUAUCUACUUCCUGCCAGGCUUGGCGCGGGUGGCGUUCCAGUUGCCCUUUAUUAUCAGCAUGUUGCUGCUUUUCUACUUCUUCUACAAGACGUGGUGCACCGAUCCCGGGUACAUAAAGUCGUCUGAGGAGGAGUCCAGGCAGACCAUUAUUACCCUGGCUGAAGCUGGAUGUUUGGAUGCCCGGCUGUUCUGCACUUCCUGUUUGGUGAAGAAACCCCUCAGAUCCAUGCACUGUCAUGCCUGCAACUCCUGCGUGGCCAGGUUUGACCAGCACUGCGUGUGGACCGGCCAGUGCAUCGGUGCCGGUAACCAGCAUUUCUUUGUGCUUUUCCUUGCCUCACUGGCAGUGGUUGGAAACUGGAUGAUCUAUGCCACGUCUGUAUAUUGGUCGGAUCACUGUGGUAUGGGCAGCAGGAAGGACGGGAUCUGGGCAACGCUGAGUCAGAUCGUUAACUGCUCCCCGUGGGUUCUGUACAUCUUCUGCCUCGUCAGCGCCUUCACCGUCUGGGCCACCCUCAUGCUGCUCGUGCAGCUGUUCCAGAUCUCUUUCCUCGGUCUCACAACUCAGGAGCGGAUCAGCCUUCAGGUACAGAACCGCCAUUUAAAGCAUCAAGUCUCGCUGAGAAGGACUCCAUUCAACCGGGGCUGCCUCCAGAACCUCGCCGAUUUCUUUCACUGCCAAUGUUUUGGACUGAUCAAAAGUCAACCCAUCGACUGGACCAAGCAGUACCACGGGGCAAUUCCCCCAUCCAGGAUGCGGCACGCACAGGCCGUCUGAAGGGUUCCCGUCAUUCUGCUGAAGAUCCCGUGUAACCGUUAUGGGACGGAAAAAAAGCAAAGAACGCAGCCUGUACCACAAUACAAUGUUUGGGGGGUCCCGGGGGGGGCUCAUUUAUUAGCGCAAGUGUAAAGUGCUAAGAUUAUUACCAAAGGCACUUGCACCUACACACACCCCUCAGGGCGAACCCCAAUGCGCCCGUUAAGCUGCUCUGAAAAUCUGCACAGUACAGGACGCACCAACGCAGCGGAACCCUGGAAACAACACCGGCCAAUCAGAAGCUGUUACUUCCAGUGCUCCCUUAGUGGGUUGCGUCAACACUCACAACUAAGUUGCAUCCAGCCAAUCUAAUGCCAGCGCCCUGUUCAUGCCACACUCAUCACAAUGUGUCCUAAUGAAGCACUUUGCACAUUGAGCUGAUUGAGUAAAAGAGACUAAAUGAGAAUAUCCCCACCUAGUGGGAACAUGUGGGUACUGCAGGGGCAAAAUGCCCCCAUUUCCCAUUUACUUGCCCUGCAUAACACUAUCAUUCUGCAGUACUCACACCCAUAUUCUCUUUACUAUUGUGAUAGUACAAAUCUAUUUCACAAAACUUUAUUAUUUCUUAAUUCUUUCUUCAUUUUAUUUUCUGCUGAAACAAACUCCUUCCCCGGCCAAGAACUGGAGGCUGCACCAAAGCAGAAGGCAAUUUCUCUGAUUUCAGCACCAGUCAGUGGUUUGAAAUGUCCGAACAGCAGGACUGAGCUGUUUGCAGCAGGAAAUAGUUAAGAAAAAAAUUAUUUGUGAAGCAGAUGUUGCCUUUAAAGAAGAACUGACCAACCAGAUGGCCCAGAAGGCAGAUGUGGCCACCAAGGUAUUUUUUAUAUCUCCCAGUCUGCCUUCCGGAGUCAUACACUGCUAUGUAUGACAUCAUAAUAUUGAUAUAAUCCAUGUAAUAUGUCGCCUGAUUGGAAGGAGUUGGACCGCACUGCUUUAAAGGCAAACAAACCUCCAACAGAGAUGGAUUUUAUAAAAAGAGCCUAUGGAAGCAUUCUCACAUAAAGCUCUGUGGGGUUCAGAAUGUGAUAUAUGACGUAUGGGCAUUAAUUAGGGAGUGGGAAUAUUCUCCCCCCACCCCCUUUUUUUUUUUUUUUUUUUUUUUUUUUUAUUUUCAGCUGCAGAGCCGCAUGGAAUACAUUGCAGUCAGCUGCCAAUGUGAACCUAAUGCCUCGUAACAGGGGGCAUCAGCUUGUACCCUCCAAUAGUGCAUUGGGGCCCAUGCAAACUCCUCCUCCAAUUGCAUCCCUGCCAUUGGUUACAUGGAGCUGAAAUGCUGGGCAGUGGGUUUAGUGGCUGCCAUCUUUGGCUGUGGGUUAUCCAAUGCCACACCCCCUGGGCUCAGGGACCAAUGCCAGAGUCCCGAUCAUGGCAGUGAUGCAGUUGGGGAGGGAGUUCUGACACCUAAACUGCAGUCUUUAUACAGAGACUGUUGUUAAGGGUAAAUAAACCCAACAGAAAUUAUUUCAUAUAGAUUCCAUGGGUUGUUCUCCUUUACACUAACUUUUAGUAUUUUUUGCGUGUUUUUGAAUUAUUUAGCUUUUUGUUCAGCAGCUCUGCCGUUUGGAAUUUGAGCAGCUAUCUGGUUGCUAGGGUCCAGUUAACCUAGCAACCAGGCAGUGAUUUGAAAGCGACAAAGGAAUAUGAAUAGAGAAGGGCCUACAUAAUAUGAUAAAAUAUAAAGUAACAAUAGGAAUACAAUUGUAGUCUCACAGAGUAACGGUUUUUGGGGUUCCGGGGUCAGUGACCCCCCCAUUUGAAAGCUGGAAAGAGUCAGAAGAAGAAGGCAAAUAAUUCAAAAACGAUACAAAAUAAAAAAUGAAGACCAAUUGAAUAUAGGGCAUUCUAUAACAUACUGAAAGUUAACCUGAAGGUGUUUUUGCACCCCCUGCCGAAAUCUCCUGUCUGGGAUUCCUGUGGGGGUGAGAGACGUUCUAUGUACGUUCUAUGGGAAGCACUUGGGCAGCACCAUGCUUAUAUUGGCCGUUUAAUAAGAGAAUGAGCCCCAGCUCCAUGUUUUGCUGAGAAGCAAGAGGCUGAAUGUGAUUGGACCCAGCCGCCCCGCUCCGGGAUUGGACCCACUGGUACCGUUCCGCUAGUAAUGUAUAAUGUUCUUGUGCUGCCGGUAAUAAUAUCAGCUGUAAAUAGGAAUCAUUUUAAAGGCAUCUUGGCACAGUUACUGAUUUUUAUUUUUAUUUUUUUUUUGUACAGAGAUGAAUAGUUCUGUUGUUUUCUAUUAAAGAAAAUAUUCAGUUUUCCAACAAU